GUACCCCAAUGUUUUUUGUGCGUCUGGUCAUGAUACAUAUUCAUACCGAAUGUCAUUAAUGUAUGUGCAUGUAGGAGGCAGGGCUUGGAUUUUUAAUAUUCCAGGGGGUACUAUACAGACCACCAGUAACACCUCAUCAGGAAAGCAUUGGCAGAAAUUGUACCAAGUUUCAUGUUAAUCUGACCUACCAAUGUUAAAAUCUAAAAUACUUCAAAUUAAAUAGCGCCACCUUGUGGUACUCGCCCAAAAUUUUGCACAGAGCCUCAGGGGUUCAUGGGGAGGUAGGGACCUGAAUAUGAUGUCGUUCCUUCACUUCCUGUUUGGAACGAAAUCUGUAGGAAGUUGAUAUCUAAUAGCUUGAGUAUUGUUUGAAUGAUCAAAAUUCUUUUAAUAACUUUUGUCAGCAGGGUCUCAACGAUGCUGUUUCGUGCAAAUUGUUGACAACGCCUGGGAAGAUUUCGAAAAAGUCAGUUUGUGAAUUUGUGCAAAAAACUGUUGGCAGAAAUGGGCGUGUCCUAUAUCAAGAGAUUCGACACAAUUCACUGAACGGGUGGAUAUAAGGAGGAAUGUGAAUGUGCGAUAAAGUAUAUGGGAUUUAUAAGUCAAAAUGCAUUUUCCUUGAUUUUUCCUUGAUUAUAUUCCUUGAUUGUGGAUCAAGCUGGGGAGGUUUGGGGCCAGGGUCCUUGCUGCCACACCUGUAGCAAUAGAAAGGUUUUUUAGCCUAUAUAAGAAAAUCCUCGACACAUAGAGUCUCCAUAGUAAACCCCACCUGAUCUGAAACUGUGAUGAGACUGACUUUGGUGAUAAGCCGAAGUCCAGGGAGAAGGUGAUGUGCCCCAAGGGGAAAAGGCACGUCUACCGCCAACAGACCACCACCAGGGAGCACAUUACUGUGCACAUGGCUGUGAGUGCAGCUGGUACACAUGUCCCUCCCGUCCUCAUCUAUCCACGCUGCCUUCCAGGUGUUUCCUAUGCCUUGGGUGGACCAAAGAACAGUGAGAAGAGCUAUAUGACCACUGAGCUGUUCAGAAGGUGGCUGGAUCAUUUUGUUAAACACAUCCCCCAAGAGCGCCCCUUGGUCCUAAUUAUGGACCAGCAUGAAACACACUGUGGCCACCAUGUAACAGACAUGUGCAGAGCCAAUGAACUUGAAAUUGUGCUGCUCCCUCCACACACCGCUCACAUGCUCCAGCUGCUGGACAUGAGUGUGUUCAACCCCCUAAAGGCUGUCAUCACCACCCUGGCCAGUCGCAUGGUCCUAGUGAGAAGAGACAUGGUCACUGGCAAAAAGCAGUUCUCCUCAGUACUGAAGCAUGCCCAUGAGAAGGCCGUCACAGCGGAGAACAUCUUAGCCGACUUCAAAAAGGCAGGCAUCCAUCCUCUGUCGAAAGAGGCAGUGGACAUGACACAGGUCACCAUGGUGGACAGGAGGUCAUGUGGCUCGGGCACCACUUGGUGAUGCCUCGUCCUGCGCAGUCGUCUCCUGGAUCCACUCACUUUACAUAUAUUUGUAUCAGACUUUCUGUUAAUGUAACUUGUAAAUUUUAUUGCUCUUUCUGUACACGCGACAUCUAUUGCAUGUCUGUCCUUCCUGGAAGAGGGAUCUCUCCUCUGUGGCUCUUCCUUAUGUUUCUUCCAUUGUUUUUUUUUUUCUUUUUACCUUGUUAAAAGAGUCUUUUUUUCCCCAUCAACAUGGCAAGUUUUUCCUCACUCAAAUGAAGGGUCUAAGGACAGAGGAUGACGUUCGCUGUGCAGAUUGUAAAGCCCACUGAGACAAUGUAAUUGCGAUUUUGGAUUAUGUAAAUAAAAUUGAUUUGAUUUGAUUUAGAAGUCAUGGUAGUCCGGACACCUGAGUGUUUUUUCAAAAUUUCUCCCAAAUGAUUAGCUCAAAAUGUGUCAGUGUCAAUCAGGCUUAUCUUUCGGCACACUGAUAUUUUAUGGGGCUUAUAUUAUAACAUUUUUUGGCAGGUGUGACCUACAUUCCUAGUUUGGUGAGUUUUGGGGUAUGUUCAGACAGUGAAAAAUGUAAUCAUUCGGGACAAAAAAUCGUCACUACAAUAAUCUUUGCUAAUGCAAAUGUGACACAAGCUAGCAAAUGUUGCUAAUGUUAGAAACUAAAGUAAAUUAUGCUGCUACGUUAGCUAAUGUGUUAUACAACUACAUAGCUAAUUGCUAGCAAGCAAAUGUUAACAUUGCUAACGCUAGCUAAUGUAAACGUAG